GUGCGAUGGAAGCAGCCGAAGCAAGAUUUCUGUCGCAACCCCUACAACGUCACAGGGCUUUGCAACAAGUCGGCGUGUCCUUUGGCGAACAGCCAGUAUGCCACAAUUCUGGAGGAUGAGGGCGUGAACUACCUCUACAUGAAAACAGUGGAGAGAGCCCACUCGCCGAAGAACUUGUGGGAACGAGUUAAACUUUCCAG